AGGGCAUUUACAGACUGCUGCACAACUCCCCGUCAGACGACAACCAAGCGCACCUAGUCUCGAACAACACAGCAACCAUGGCCCUCCACCGGACCAGUAUAUUAAACCAAAUGGAUUACAGCCGAGAACCGAAAGAAGGGAAGCCGGCUCAGUCGACAGAAGAGCGGCUGGACAGCGGUCUAGACUCGCUGAAAGAGGAGGAGUACCAGGCUGUGGCGGCCGAGAUCCGUCGGCUCCAGCUGGAAUGUGAGCCGCCGCAGCACAAACAACAUCCCGCGGUAACCGGAGAGCUGCACGAAUGGAAAACACAGAUCACGGAGGACGGAGACACGCUGCUCCACCUGGCCAUCAUCCACGAGGCCAAGGACUACAUCAGAACAAUGAUCGACCUGUCCAGGAAUGCGGACUUCCUCAACACACAAAAUGACCAGAGACAGACUCCUCUCCACCUAGCAGUAAUAACAAACCAAGCCGACGUGUGUCAACAUCUCCUGGCGUCCGGCUGCGACCCAACGCUGGUGGACGACAGCGGCGACACGGCUCUUCAUAUCGCCUGUCGCCACGGUAACCUGCUGUGCUUCAGCGUGAUCACGCAGAACUGUCAGCCGGAGCAUCUACACGCGGUGAUGGCUACCUGCAACUAUCACGGUCAGAACUGUCUCCACCUGGCCUCAGUUCAGGGUUUCCUCUCACUGGUUGAGAACAUGGUGGAUCUAGGAGCGGACAUAAAUGCAAAGGAACAGCGCAACGGUCGCAGCGCGCUGCACCUCGCCGUGGACCAGCAGAAUCUCGCGCUGGUCAAGCUGCUUCUGAAGAAAGGCGCAGACCCGAACCUCCUGACGUCUGGAGGCCACACUCCUUACCACCUCACCUACGGUCGCGACGAUGACGACAUCCGGAAAGAGCUGUACUCGCUGACCAAACCUGACCUGAGGGAGCUGCCUGACAGCGAGUCAGACGACAGCGAGGAGGAGGAGGACGAGGAGUCUGAUGAGGAGGUGGGUUACGAUGACAUUCAGUGGAAUGGGCAUUAGCAGGAAAAGAGGGAGCGAGAGAGGAAGUUACAGAGGCUGCGGCGAUGACUGUAAAGGACAAGAGAAAUGGCUCAGCGUGUCUACUUCUUCCACCAAUAACGUCACGUGAGCCCGAUUAGUAUGUGGGGGGGCGAUGCGGCUCGGACGUGACCACAGACCAAACAGAAGGAUAGGCAGCUGCGACGGAGAAUCAAACGGAGACCGGUGGCCUUAAACCAAUGAGUCUGCCCUGGGCUGCAGGAGAGCAAAAGAAACGCACGCUGAGAUGUGACACGUUGUGAUGGGAUUGCUGUAUAAAAAAAAAGAAAAGAAAAGGAUUGCUUGUAUUUUGUGGACACUGCGAUUCAUUUGUCGAAAAAUGACAUCCAUCCAUCCACACAGACGUACCUGCAACAGCUCUGUUGUAUGAUAUUGUAAAUGCUGUGUAUACAAAGAUGUAUUUUUUAUGGAAGCUGUGAAUGUGUACAGUUGAGCAGGUUGUAUAUGUCAAGACAGCAAACAGUCCGGCACACUCCAGUUAAAUUAAAAACACUCAUAUUUAACAGUUUAAAAA